AUGGCAUCACGAGCGGUUUCGUGCCAAUUUUGCAGGCAACGGAAACUGAGGUGUAACCGUCAAUUUCCUUGUUCUAAUUGUUUAAGCCGCGGAGUUCCAUGUCCUUCAUUGCAGCCCCCUACUAGGCACCUGCCCGAAGCCGGCGCCGCAUCCAACGACGCUAUCUUGAGUCGCUUGGAUAAGAUUGAAGCACAUCUUGCGGCACUCACUAAUUCAUCGGCUUCUAAAAAUCCUUUAUCCGGAGAGGAACCUAGGGUCGUGCUCAAAGCCGACGUAGACCCCGAGUUUCACCGGCAGUUGUCACCGAUGAUCCAAGAACUGACCGAGGAUGCCUUUUCAAUCGAUCGCUCACUAUUCAAAAACGAUGGAGCAACGCCUACACAUAAUAUCUUGGUUCGCAAAUGCCCCAUUGCGAUGCAGCCUCCUCCCGGGGCCCAGCCGAAGGAUUAUGCUGCCUGCAUAUGGUUUCCUACGAUCGAGGAAGCCCAAAGUCUGGUGAAUAAAUACAUCGUAGAACUCAACUACAUGAGCUACAUCGUCCACGGCCCCACACUGAGGAAGCUGGUAACCGAAGCAUACGACUGCGGCCCUCAUAUCUCCGCAAGCCUUGCCGUACUGUUAUUAGCGAUAUUUGCUUUUGUUGCCCGCACUUGGACUCAAAUCGAUGCCGAAUUGGCGGGGCUGUUUUAUUGUCGCGCACAAGCCCAAGCUCAGGCCAGCUCGUGGACAACUACUGCAUUCGAUGUACUCGAGCAAUGCCACCGAAACUCGGAAGUGUCACUAGAGUUAGCGCAGGGUCUCUCUAUUCUUAACUCCGCAAUAUUCCACUUCGAAGGCCUUACUUCCAGAGGCUCCACUGUCUUGGCUCAGACUAUAACAAUGUGCCGCCAACUAGGUCUUCAUCGUAUCGAUCACCCCGGCGAUAGGACCAGCCUUCAGGACAACCCAAGUCUGUAUGGAGUCAGGGCUGAAGUCGGGCGGAGAGUUUGGUGGCGUCUCGCCACUCUUGACUGGAUGCUGGCUGCUUACCCCGGCCCUCAAAAAGGUACAUAUUUCAUCAGUUCUCUUCAUAUGGCCGUGAGAAAACCGUUGAAUCUCGAAGACGAAAACCUCACAGACGCAAGUGAGUUACUAGGCCAAGGGCUCACGAAACCUACAUCUAUGUUUUACUUUCUUGAGCGCAUCAGAUUGGCAGAAAAGAUAAAGUCGGCGAUUGAUAAAAGUCCUCUCACGGGUGUUUCAACUUAUGGGCAAGUAUUGGAAGUUGAUGCUGCUAUCGCCAGCACUAUACAGGAUACGCCGCAGCCCCUAGCUCUAAAAGGCGGAAGUGGUCCCUCCUACUCUUCUUCCCAAAAUAUGGAAUAUAUUGCAGGGCAAUGCUAUUCGCUACAUCUGCUCCUUCAUGGUCAGCGCUGCAGACUACAUCUUCCCUACCUUAUUCGUGGUAUAUCUGAGACGCCAUAUGACCAGUCGCGGGAAAUCGCACUGAAGAGCGCUCGGUUCAUCAUCGAUGGAGAAGUGAGCCUCGGAAAAUUUAGCCGCGAAGCUUCGUCGUCGCAUUUCAUGCUGGGUGGCGUCUUUUUUUCCUUUUUCUCCGCUGUUGCUGUUUUAGCAUUGGACUUGUGUUUAGCCGUGCCAGAAGAAAUCAAGGUCAAGCAGCAGGAAUUCGAACAAGCCUGGCGAAUUUUGGGAGAAGUUCCAGACAAGGUAUCGAUGAUAGAAGAAGGAAUGCAUAUACUGGAAGUAACGAUGAGAAAGCAUCAUGUUUGGCCCUUAACAGAAACUGGAUUAUAUCCAGGGUCGGCCGAAACGCAGCAACCCCAUACCGAGAUCCGUGGUCAUGUUCCUACGGCUGAUCCAAGCUCUACUUUACAACAAGACUGUAUGUCAUUCCUUAUAGAUCAAGACGUUGAUAUUAAUGGAUUAGAUAGAAUUAACUGGGAUAUUCUGCAGUGGGUUACGGAUAUGCCGUUUCUAGGGUUAGGUUAG